UUAAACAAAAUUCGAGACGUUAUUGAAGCAUUUGUGGAUACGUUUAGGAGCUCUAUUAGACCUGGUAAAAAUAUCGUCAUCGAUGAAAGUAUGAUUCCAUGGAGAGGACGCCUAGGUUUUAGGCAAUAUAUCCCAGSCAAGCGACAUAAGUACGGCGUAAAGAUAUACAAAUUAUGUUUGCCUGAAGGUUAUACUUAUAAUUUUGAAAUUUAUGCCGGGAGAACUGAAACGAUCAUUGAAAAAUCACAUGCUCAUGAUGUGGUAAUGAGGUUACUAAAUGGCCUAUUCUUUGAGGGCCACAUACUUUUUAUUGAUAAUUAUUAUACAAGUGUCCCUUUGGGAGAAGAACUUUUAGAGAACAGUACAUUUGUUUGUGGUACUAUAAAAAURAACAAAAAAUUUCUACCACCACAGGCAAAACAGAAACAAAAACGUGGGAAAAUUAUGAGUUUCGAAAAUCGUAGCGGUGUAAAAUUUCUUAAAUGGACUGAAAAAAGACCAGUUUGCAUGUUAACUACCGUAAAAAAUCACCAGUGUAAAUUGGUACAAGGAACAAAUGGUAAAGUGAAGCCUGAUGCCGUGUUUGAUUAUAAUGUGGCAAAAAAAGGUGUAGAUAUGUCAGAUCAACUAUCGGCGUAUUACAGUUGUUUACGAAAAACGAUUAAAUGGUACCGAAAAGUAAUUAUACAAUUAAUAUGCGGAACUUCCCUCGUAAAUGCGUGGUAUAUUCACAAAAAAUGGGGGACUAAAAAUAUGAACAUGCUACAGUUUAGGGAAGUUAUCAUUGAUCGCCUUUUAGACAAUAAAGAAAUAAACUGUCAUAUACCUCCAGAUAAACAUAUUCUUCAAUCACACGUGGGGUCGGCAAGAGAGUUCCGUAAACGCUGCAAGGAAUGCUACMAAAAGUUGUCCAAAACGAAGGGCAGAGAUUAUGCCACUGCCAAUACAACAAGAGUAAAGACGUUUUGUGGUCGUUGCGAGGGUCAGCCAGCGCUUUGCUUGAAAUGUUUCAACAAAUUACACAAAAAAUAA